AACAAGCAAAUCACUCUUCUUGUUUCUUGUAUUUCGAUCGAAUUCGCAGGCGAGGAUGGAUCUUCAAGGCAGUGAUACUCCAUCAGCCGAUGAGGCCACCGCUGGCACUACCUGUUCCAUCUGCCUUGAGGUCGUCGACGUGGCCACCAGGACGCGGUCUAUGGCCAAGCUACGUUGCGGGCAUGAAUUCCAUCUCGAUUGCAUUUGUUCGGCAUUUGAUUUUAGUGGAAAAAGGCAAUGCCCAAAUUGUGCAGACAUCGAGGAAGGUUACUGGAACUUUACCAACCGUAGGGGGAUGAGACAAAAUUCUCACACUUCUCAGCCAGCGAACAGGAUGGCUGAAGCUCGUCGUCGUGGAAAUCGAAUUCCAUGGUGCUCAUCUUGCUUAUUCCACCACAAUGGGCCAUGCAGCCAGGCAGUUCUCCCUAUUAUGAUGUCUCCUGUAUAUGCCAAUGAAGUCCAUAUUUCCUGGCAAGAGCCUGCUCCACAUUCUAUAACCAUUCUCCUAAUGAAUGGUGCUGAUCAAUGCCUACAAUCUAUCUAUGAUUCUAGAACCAAUGGGCAAUUUGUCUCUCCAAAUUUACAGUACCCGUCCAACUAUCAAUUUCAGACCAAUGGUCAGCAGCACCAUCUAAAUCACAUCUCCGGUGGGCUUCAUGGACAUGUUUCAAGUGCACUGCAGGGCAUGCCUGUAUGCCAACGUUGGCGGUGGUUUCCAUAGUUUGCCAAUCCUCCAAAGCCCUGUCUAAGAGGACUCUGCACACAAUGACAUCCUCCACUGUACAUCAAUGUGCCUAAUUUCACUCUAAGAACAUCCUUUCACUGAAAUUGUUCGAUCAUAUUUUACCGCAAGAACAAGCAAUACUUCUAGUUCUAGACUUCUAAUUCAGGAUGAGGAUUCCAGCAGCAAGAUCAUUAGCUGCCAGAGUAUAAACACUUUAACAUUCUCUCUCUCUCUCUGUGUGUGCAAUUUUGUAGCUAAUAGAGCUUUUAUAUGAUGCCUUGAAAUUGGUUUCUUUCUAGUGUUAUGCUUUAAGGAG